AAUUUUCCCGCCCGCGCAGAACAUUCUGCGCAGUUUCACUUCCGCGCAUGUGCAAGGGUAGCCAUCUUGCUCCCCGCUUUUUUUAUUUCUUUUAGCGUCUACAAGCAGACAAGAUGUCGGCACACAAGACGUUUAUUAUCAAGCGAAAACUCGCUAAAAAGCUUAAACAAAAUCGGCCGAUUCCCCAAUGGGUGAGAAUGCGAACUGGCAACACCAUCAGGUACAACGCCAAGAGGCGUCAUUGGAGAAGAACCAAGUUGAAGUUGUAAGAAGUUAUAACAGAUUAUUCCACUCCACUUCUCCAACAACUGGACAUUUAUCUUUAAUAAUUAUUUAAUUAUUUAAUAAAUAAUUAAAAACGACUGUAAUUAUUCACAAUAAUAUUCCAGAUGUCUGCAGUGGAAUUUGUUAAUAUAAUUUAAACAACUUUAUA